UUCCGCCGAGUCGGCGCCACUUCCGGAAGUGACGUAGGAGUGUCAACAUGCAAGAUGGCGGCCCAUCACCGGCAGAACACGGCGGGGCGGAGGAAGGUGCAGGUCUCCUAUGUUAUUCGAGAUGAAGUGGAGAAGUACAAUAGAAAUGGAGUCAAUGCCCUACAACUGGAUCCCGCACUCAAUAGGCUUUUCACCGCAGGUCGAGACUCCAUCAUCAGGAUAUGGAGUGUCAGUCAGCACAAGCAAGAUCCAUAUAUAGCCUCUAUGGAACACCAUACCGAUUGGGUAAACGACAUUGUACUCUGUUGUAAUGGGAAAACCUUAAUAUCUGCCUCUUCUGACACAACAGUGAAAGUAUGGAAUGCGCAUAAGGGAUUUUGCAUGUCAACGCUAAGAACACAUAAGGAUUAUGUAAAGGCCUUAGCAUAUGCCAAGGAUAAAGAACUGGUAGCAUCGGCCGGGUUGGACAGACAAAUAUUCCUUUGGGAUGUGAAUACCCUAACAGCCUUGACUGCCUCAAAUAACACUGUCACAAGUUUGCAUCAGGACAGUGGUUUCUAUUUUGAGAGUGCUUCUACCUACAAUGUUCUAGCCCCCAAGAGUAUUGAACAACAAGGAACUAGUUUCUCACUGCAGAGUAAAAAUGCUUCUUCUUUAAGUGGGAACAAAGAUUCCAUUUAUAGCCUGGCAAUGAAUCAACUGGGAACAAUCAUUGUCUCAGGGUCCACUGAGAAGGUUUUAAGGGUAUGGGAUCCAAGAACAUGUGCAAAGCUCAUGAAGCUGAAAGGACACACCGAUAACGUAAAAGCGCUGCUGCUAAACAGAGACGGCGCGCAGUGCCUUUCCGGCAGUUCUGAUGGGACGAUUCGCCUUUGGUCCCUUGGCCAGCAGAGAUGUAUAGCUACGUACCGGGUCCACGAUGAAGGUGUUUGGGCCCUGCAGGUCAAUGAUGCCUUCACACAUGUGUACUCUGGAGGAAGGGACAGGAAGAUUUACUGUACAGACCUAAGAAAUCCUGACAUUCGGGUGCUAAUUUGUGAAGAAAAAGCGCCAGUUCUCAAGAUGGAGCUUGAUAGAUCAGCAGAUCCCCCUCCUGCAAUCUGGGUUGCAACAACUAAGUCCACGGUAAAUAAAUGGACGUUGAAGGGAAUUCAUAACUUUAGAGCUUCUGGAGAGUAUGACAAUGACUGCACAAACCCUGUUCCACCCCUCUGUACGCAACCUGACCAGGCUGUUAUAGGGGGUGCUAGUAUUAUUCAGUGCCACAUUCUCAAUGAUAAGAGACAUAUAUUAACCAAAGAUACCAACAAUAAUGUGGCAUAUUGGGAUGUGUUAAAGGCAUGUAAAGUUGAAGAUCUGGGGAAAGUGGAUUUUGAAGAUGAAAUUAAGAAAAGAUUUAAGAUGGUAUAUGUGCCAAAUUGGUUCUCAGUAGACUUAAAAACAGGGAUGCUGACUAUCACUUUGGAUGAGAGUGACUGCUUUGCUGCUUGGGUUUCUGCAAAAGACGCCGGCUUCAGUAGCCCUGAUGGGUCAGAUCCAAAACUGAACUUAGGAGGACUUUUACUCCAGGCACUCCUAGAAUAUUGGCCUAGAACACAUGUGAAUCCAAUGGAUGAAGAAGAAAAUGAAGUAAACCAUGUAAAUGGGGAGCAGGAGAACCGAGUGCAGAAGGGAAAUGGGUAUUUUCAAGUGCCCCCCCACACCCCUGUGAUCUUCGGUGAAGCUGGAGGUCGCACAUUGUUCAGGCUGCUGUGCCGAGACUCCGGGGGCGAGACUGAGUCAGUGCUUCUUAACGAGACGGCGCCGCAGUGGGCAAUUGACAUCACUGUGGAUAAAAAUAUGCCCAAAUUCAACAAAAUUCCUUUCUACCUCCAACCUCAUGCAUCUUCGGGAGCAAAAACCUUAAAAAAAGAUAGACUUUCUGCGAGUGACAUGCUCCAGGUCCGGAAAGUCAUGGAACAUGUUUAUGAGAAAAUCAUCAACUUGGAUAAUGAGUCUCAAACCACUAGCUCUUCAAGUAAUGAAAAACCAGGAGAACAGGAAAAGGAAGAGGAUAUUGCUGUGCUGGCAGAGGAGAAAAUUGAACUUUUAUGCCAGGACCAGGUUUUGGAUCCAAAUAUGGACCUUCGAACAGUGAAACACUUCAUAUGGAAGAGUGGUGGUGACCUCACCCUGCAUUACCGCCAGAAGGCCAUGUGAGGGCUCAGCCGGCGUUCCCGGGUGUUCAUUUAUGACCAGGCUGCUGAGCCCCGACAGAGCGAGACCGCUCACGGCCAGUUUGGUGAGAGUCUCUGAGUUGCAGUGACUAUCUGAGAUGUAACUAGGAACCACUCUCCUUGUGUAGAUUAAGCUGUCCCCUGGGAGGAGAGCAGCAGGGCAGAAGAGCCCCUGCACAGACUGUCUUGUGAGAUGUACAGAGAACUGACGGCAGGCCAGCGCAGACUGCUUCCUCCUCUCGUUUCAGAGGACCUCAUCUUUGUUAGCACUUGUUAGAGACACGGGUAGGGUCACACCUGUCACUGUGUUUCAACUUCAAACCCAGGCACUCUGUAGCUGCUGAGAGUACAUUCCAUGCGUGCAGUACCUAUGAGGGCUUUUUCCUAGUUUGUCAUUAAAACAGUUUUCACCAUUCAAGAGUUAUUUUUAAUAGGAAUUUGCUGUUGCACAAUUCAAGAGCCAACCCAUUUCACAGUAAAUAGUGACUGUUGGGUUUGUGCUCAAAUGGCAUCUCAGAUGUGUUCCUGCAGAAAGAUGUGUUGAAAUCCCAGGUGCUGGAUCAUAGCGCAUGGACUCCCAGACUAGCGCUCACCUGACACGUGCCCAGCAAGGCUGCCCCACGCUGCAGGUUAUUCUGCACCAACAGGGACACGCAGCUGUUCCACUUCCUCCACUGUGUCCUUUUAUUUACAGGCAAAGCCAGAUGACACAGGUUCUUACUCUGGGUCAAAAGCAUGACACCAUUUAACACUUAAGGCCACGAUGAAAUUUGGACUUCAUUUACAUGCUACCUAACAUAUAUGGUGUCAGAGGAAAAGGACAUCACAGUGAAUGGAUUUGAUGCUCAUAUCCUGGAAGUAUACAUAUAUACAUACUUGUUUUUUCAAAGUCUCAUGUGGUUUUUGUUGUACCUACAUCCAGAUUUCUGUUCACUGUUCUGUCUAAGCUUUCCUAGAAUCACUUGGAUCUUGUACAGACCAUAACUUAUUAGGGAUGAACACUUCAACUUUUGGCAGAAAAACAUGCUUUGGGUUCGCCGCAAAGGUCACUUGUGUUUGGAGUGAUGGCCCCCCAAACUGCAGGGGACGAGCUGGGGUGAGGCCAGAGCCCAAGUGCCUUCAGUGGGCAGCUCCCUCCAAGCUUGUGUCCCUGUGCCCAUGGCAGGGACUGUGGAAGGGAUGGGGGUCUUCUGUGCAUCUUCACAGGCCCAGUGGGAGGCAGUGGGUGAGCCUGGAUCCAGACCUCGCUGUUGGAGACAUUCUGAUCUACACAACUGUAGAGACAUAAUCCCUCCAGGCAGGCAGCCUCCUCCAAAAAGGCCAUUGCCUCUGGCACUUGGAAGAAGGGAGCAAAGACAUGCCAUCUUCCCAUGAGUCUUUCUCCCUUACAAGAGCAGCCAGCUUUUUUAAAAAAUCCUUUCUAUCUGUUGGAUACAACAGUGCACUUUUGGUGCACAUUUUUUAGUAAUAGUUGUGAAUUAAUGAAAAAAAAAACAAAAAAACUCAUUUACCAGCCCUCAGUUGUUUGCAAGGAGCCACUGGUUGAAGGGACGGAUGCAGCUGGGCCGGUCCGCCCUGAGCCGAGCCCCAUGGGUGCUGCACAGCCCCCAUCAGGUCUGACCCAGCAUGGUUAUACUUUUUUUUCCUCCAGUCAAACCAGUAAGUUUCCAAAAAAUUUGACAGUCUGCAGUGCCACCAGGGUAAAAUCUGUAUUUCACAGUUGUAUAGAAUAAAGGCUUUAGUUAAAAUA